UCUAUAUAUUUCUGCGAAAUAUGAAUCUGUGACGACCGUUUUGUAAGUGAAUCUCGGUCAAAUAAUAUAGAACGUAACGUUUUGUGUAUCCGUACUUACGUAUACAUUUCUCGAAAACAUUUCGCAUACCAAACACUUUUUCGGUACUUUUCCUCAAUCGCGCGUGACCCGCGUAACAGUUUGAAAAAACAACAUACACAUUUCUCAGUCUAUCCCCUCCCUAGAGCGGCCGCACGCUUGUUGGCACUUCUCCCCCUCCCACCGGCGGUCGGCGACGUGCCCGCCUGCUAUGGCGAUGUUUACAGCGUAGUCACGGCAACGGCUCAUGUGAUCAGUCGGUGGUCCGUCGCGCGCCGAGUAACAGUAGACGAUCGCGGUGUGUGUCGAAUCGGGUCGUGUUUGUGUCGCGCUGCCGCGCCACUUGCCGAGGACUGUUAUUUUCUCUUACGGAACAUUGUUUGACGAUCGUUUGACGAUUGGUUGAACGGAUAAUUCGAUGAGGCACGUGGAACGAUGAUUCGUACGUGUGCGACGUGCCGCAAUUCGGUGCGAAUCGAAUGUGCGGAAGAGUAACGCGCGCGAGCAGCGUCGAUGUGUCGAUGGUGCUACGUCGAUGUGUUUCUACCCUUUGACGAGAUACUUCGAGUGUAUUAGAAACCUGAGGACCAAUAAUGCGAGUGGGAUCAUGACGAUAAUUCCGAAAUGAGGGAUGUCGCGAUAAUCGUGGCGCCGACGAAGUGCGGAUCCCUGAUCGAAUGUCAUCUCGAUCGCUCGAUCGUUCGGUGCGGAUAAUUGACGGAGCGAAUCGUUACAAACUGGUGUAAUUCAACGCGGUAUGACAUGCCGCGUGAAUGUGUCUGUUGUGAUCGUUGUUCGCGCAUACGAUUGACAGACGAUCAAAGAAAUUAGAGCGUUGAGUGUCGCGAGUAAAAGAAAGACGGUGCGAGAAGGUGCGCGAAGCGACGUGAAGUUCGGCGGGGAAGUAAAUUCUCGCGCGGUGAUCACGUGACCACGCGAGUUCGCCGGGAAGGUCGCGAAAUUCGCGCGGCGUGUUAUGGUCCGCGCGUUUUCACUCGCGAGGCUACGAAAUGAUGAUAGUGACGCAGCGUUGCGGCCGUCGAUGAACUCCAGAGAUAGAUGCCUAGAUCUCGCUGUGGUGGAACAAGGCUGGUGGACUUCUAAGUCCGCUAGCUCUCAGGCUUGUUUGCCGCUUGUCGUCGGCGCGGGCAUGAUGUCACGAGGCCUGCCGACGAGACGUGGCCUACAGGCGUUAGCGCUCGUCAUUGCUACCGCCUAUGCCACGAUUCUCCUCUACCAGGCUAUCGCACCGCGCCAGUGGGUCGAUGAGAUGAAUGUGGCGGAAGUGAACAGUCGGAGCGUGAUAGUGGAAGUGCCGGCGUUGAGAAAGUUAAUCAGCGAGGAGCUGCCGAUGACGCCGCCGGUGGCGACGGCGACUAUGGCACCGUUCGCCACGAACCUCGAUGACGUGUUUAUCAGCGUGAAGACCACCAAGCAUUAUCAUCACUCGCGCUUGCCGGCCAUCGUCGACACGUGGUUCCAGUUCGCCAGGAAUCAGACUUGGUUCUUCACCGAUAGAGAUGAUCCAUAUUUCCAAAAUCAAACCAACGGCCACAUGAUCAACACCAAGUGCUCGUCUUCGCACAAUCGGCGGGCCCUUUGUUGCAAGAUGUCCGUGGAAUUCGACAGAUUUCUCGAUAGUGGCCGAAAAUGGUUUUGUCAUUUUGACGACGAUAAUUACGUGAACGUGCCACGGCUACUAAAGCUUCUGGACAAUUACAAUCCUCGUGAGGAUUGGUAUCUCGGCAAACCCUCGAUACCUGCGCCCUUGGAGAUCAUCAGGCAAGGUCCAGAGCCGCAAAAGCGACCGCAAAAGGUGAAAUUUUGGUUCGCCACGGGCGGCGCCGGAUUUUGCAUCAGUCGAGCAUUAGCAUUGAAGAUGACUCCGGUAGCCGGUGGAGGAAAAUUUAUCACCGUUGGCGACAGAAUCAGAUUGCCAGACGAUGUAACAAUGGGGUACAUUAUUGAGUAUCUCUUGAAAAAGCAACUCACUGUGGUAGAACAGUUCCACUCGCAUUUAGAGCCAAUGAAGUUCCUGAACAAGGACACCUUUCGCGAGCAGGUCUCUUUUAGUUAUUCCAAGGGACCUAGAGACGAAUGGAAUAUCCUAAAAAUUGAUGGUUUUGAUAUGAAAGACGAUCCAAAGAGGUUCAAAUCCAUUCAUUGUCACCUGUUUCCGCAUGUUCCUUAUUGCCCACACAGAUGAUGAAGAUUGCAUGAAUGUAUAAAUAAAGAUAAAUUUGGAGAACAUUGAUCUCUCGCAGUUAGAGGACUCUCGCUAUUCCAUAUCAAGAGAAAUACAAUUUUUCAUAAAAAGGACGAAAAUUUAUUCUCAAUUGUACAGAAACCGGAAGAUCAAUAUAUGGUAAGGAGCAUAAUUGAGUUAGUAACAAAACAAUUUAAUUUUAUUUAUUUUUUACAUAUAAUAGGGAAA